AAGCGUCAAAAAUCGGCCAUAUUUUGUGUUCAUUUUAUCGUAAAUCUACUAAACUUUUAACAAAUAAGUGUCCAAUAUUUAAACAGUAAUAAGAAAAUCUUUUUUCACGUUUUAAAUCAGUUAUGGGAGAAGAUAAAAUGGAAAACAAGGAACGUGAAAGAAGUAGAGAAAGGGGUGGUGGUGGUGGUGAGCGUAGAAGACGUUCCAGAUCCAGAGAACACCGCAGGAGAUCCCGAUCUAAAAGCAGAGACCGCAGGAGGGCGGGAAGAAGCCGAUCAGGCUCGCCAAAACACAGAUCGGGUCAUUCAAGACGCAGGAAGCCUUCUCUGUACUGGGAUGUGCCCCCACCAGGCUUUGAACACAUUACCCCCCUGCAAUACAAAGCUAUGCAGGCUGCAGGUCAAAUUCCUGCCAACAUUGUGGCAGACACACCGCAGGCUGCUGUACCGGUGGUUGGCUCAACCAUCACCAGACAGGCUAGGCGUUUGUAUGUGGGUAACAUACCUUUCGGGGUGACGGAGGAGGAGAUGAUGGAGUAUUUUAACCAACAGAUGCAUUUAAGCGGCUUGGCUCAAGCAGCCGGCAAUCCGGUUUUGGCUUGCCAGAUUAAUCUUGAUAAAAAUUUUGCUUUCUUAGAGUUUAGGUCCAUUGAUGAAACCACACAAGCUAUGGCCUUUGAUGGCAUCAAUUUUAAAGGGCAAAGUUUAAAGAUCCGUCGUCCACAUGAUUACCAGCCGAUGCCAGGAAUGGCUGAAAGUACCAUAAGUGUACCAGCCGGGGUAAUCAGUACAGUGGUGCCAGAUUCACCACACAAAAUCUUCAUAGGUGGUCUGCCUAAUUACUUAAACGAGGACCAGGUCAAGGAGCUAUUAAUGUCAUUUGGACAGCUAAGAGCAUUCAAUCUCGUCAAGGACACGGCGUUUGGACUUAGCAAAGGCUAUGCCUUUGCCGAAUACAUUGACAUUACCAUGACAGAUCAGGCUAUCGCGGGUCUAAAUGGAAUGCAGCUUGGUGACAAAAGACUUAUCGUGCAGAGGGCCAGUGUUGGCGCUAAAAACACGACAGUAUUGCCAGCUGUUCAAAUACAAGUACCUGGUCUUAGUUUGGUAGGCGCUUCAGGGCCUCCAACUGAAGUUCUGUGUCUACUUAAUAUGGUAACACCAGAUGAACUUAAAGACGAAGAAGAAUACGAAGAUAUUCUUGAAGAUAUCAAAGAAGAAUGUAAUAAAUAUGGGGUUGUCAGAUCUAUUGAAAUCCCACGACCAAUUGAAGGAGUUGAAGUUCCAGGUUGUGGAAAGGUUUUUGUUGAAUUUAAUUCUGUCCUUGACUGUCAAAAAGCUCAACAAACAUUAACAGGAAGAAAAUUCAGCAACAGAGUUGUGGUCACUUCAUACUUUGAUCCCGAUAAGUAUCACAGAAGAGAAUUUUAGAUUUAAGCUUCAUUUUUACUAUUUUAUUGAUUAAAUAAUUGUAUUUUGUGCUUUCCUCAUGUUAUUUGUAGACUUACUGUAUGUGGUAUUAAAUACGUA